AGCCGUUCUCCAGGAAAACCUGCCAAAAUGACAUCGAUUAUGACGUUGGGAAUUUCCCGAUAAAUAUGACGUCAUACUUGAAAGCACAUGUGAGUUCAGUGACCUUUAUGUAUCAGUGUUUACAUGAUAAAUUUUGACAUUUUCUGGAUAUUAAAAUGGAUCACGAUAUAGAGGUAUGUUGUAUUUAUAUAUUUUAUCAACUCUGAAUUAGGUAUGCCGCACAUUAAUUGUUCAAUUGUUCCCAUACAGUAUAGAUGUAUUUUACGCAAGAGUGAAUCAGGAAAAUAUGGCGCGUAAACAAAAUAAUAUAGCGUGAUUGUUGUAACUUAUACCGAGCAUUAACACAGUAAUAAACAUGCAAAGAGUCGGUUGAUUUCGCUCUCAUAUAUUUCUUGACACACUCGUUAAGAUUGUUUUUCAGAUAAAAUUAAUGUAGAUCUAUUCGCUAAAUUUUGAAGACAUUUCUGUGUACCCAACCACUACAGAAUGACAUCGAAUCAAUAUUUCAAAAAUUAUUAAGGACUCAGUAGAUCUAGAUCUCUAUUAUUUUUUUUAAUAAUGUCAAUAUAUUUCAACGAAGAUAAGUUUUAUUAAAACUUCAGAAAAUUUAGUUGGUUUUGGUUCGGAAUGGGUAUGCUAUUGAUCUAAAUCUGAGCGAUUAAGGUUAAAUCACUUAAUUUAUACAGUACUGAACACGAAUGCUGUGAUGGCCGAGGGGUUAGUGUCAAUAACUCGUAGUCAGUGUUUUGCUGGUUUGAUCCUGACGCGCGAACUUUUUUUUUUUUUUUUUUUUUUUUUUAACAAUCAUAUUUUAUAAACUGCUAUGUAGAAUUCUGUGUUAAAUUAAUUUUUUUUAUCAAGCAAAUUAACCUUUAAUUGAUUCAGUCAAAAUAAAAUGCAGUCUGUGUAUGAUUUUUUUGUGGACAAGCAUAAAUUUGUAUAUUAAAGGAAAAUUUGUAUUCUGCAGUGACUGAAAUAUUUUUAUUUUAUAUUAGCCCAUUAAUUAGCGCAGAAGCUGUAUGUUUUGCCAUAAUUGUCAGUACUCACCGGAUUUAUUUAUUUUACAGGAUUUGGAGAGUUUGCUUUCCGAGCAUUUUGGUGUGACGCCCGUUUCGACCCCCUGGGGAUCGCAGGAGGAGGUUGAUGUAUCUACCAUGUGUUUAGACUCGGACGAAGAUGAUCCCGAGUUAGAUGUUGAUCAGCGGGUCCAAGAUUACAUAGACACGCUUCCAGAUGACAUAACAGGGGCUUCUGUUACUAGUGACAGCGAGGGUGAAGCAGAAGUUGAUUGUGAUCUGCCCCAAAAUGACGAAGACGUGAACAGAAUUACCCUUUAUCAUAAGAAUGGUUGUGGGUGCAAGAAAAACUGCAUUAAACAGUUUACUAUUUCUGACAUUUUUGAUCACAUAUUGAAUAUUAGGGAAAUGGAAAAGCAAGAUAAAGAACUGUAUAUAAUGGCAACUGUAGUAAACAGCCCUCAGAAUGAAUUGACAAAGCGCGGGAAGAAACGUCAGAAAGGUCACCAUGACUUUUCAUAAGUUGGGAAACCAGUGUGUAGGACUGUGUUUAUGUUGGCCUUUGAUAUCAAGCGGAGCGCUCUUCAAAAUAUCCUAACACAUGUUGAUCAGCAUGGUGUGGUUCAAAGAAUUCACGGCAACAAAGGGAAAAAACCUGUCAAAUCUUUAAAGUUUGAAGAUAUUAAACAUGCGGUGACAUAUGUUUCCCAAACUGCUGAAGA